UUGCACACUAAGCUUUCUAUGUGAUAUGUUUUCUCGUAGAUCUUCUUAAUUUCUCCUUCAUCGGAGAAACAUCUUUCUUCUUGGUUGGGCUGUUUCUUAUUGUGCCAAUCUACCAGAUCAUGCGGGGCACCUCACCGUGCGCGUCCUGCAAAUUGCUGAGGCGUCGCUGUGCUAAGGGCUGCAUAUUUGCCCCUUACUUCCCUUCUGAUGACCCUCAGAAGUUUGCUAUUGUUCACAAAGUCUUUGGCGCUAGCAAUGUCAGUAAAAUGUUGCAGGAGCUUCCUAUUCACCAGAGAGCCGAUGCUGUGAGUAGCCUGGUUUAUGAAGCAAAUGCAAGAGUGAGAGAUCCGGUUUACGGAUGCGUGGGAGCAAUAUCUUACCUUGAGAAUCAAGUUUCACAGCUGCAAAUGCAGCUUGCAGUUGCUCAAGCAGAGAUCCUUUGCAUUCAGAUGCAACAAGAGGCAGCCACACCGACGCCUUUAGACCAAGAUGACAAGUCACUUAUUCUCUCCAGUAGUAAUUUCAAUAUUAACUCUCCCCAUCCGCAAUACCUCAUCAACUUUGCUGCUUCUUCUACCAAUCUAAUCCAAGACCCUCUAAAGAGAGAGUCUCUUUAGAAUUAAAAUAAUUAGUUACUCUUUUUUUUUACAAGAGAAAUACCAGAACAUUUUGUUCUCUCCUCUAAUUAUUUUCUUCUUCUCUGUUUUGUUGGUUAAUUAGUCAAAUGGACUUUCGGUAUAUAUUGUCAAGAAAAGAAGAGUAGUUGUGAAUUAAAGGAAAGAAUUGGGG